AUGAGCGAAAACGCAUCUGCACGGUUGUAUCGUCAUUCUGUUCGGAGGAGAUGGAUCGGUUAUUAUGAAAUUUCCUCUUAUUCAAUAUUGUUGAUGUCCUUGUAUUUUUAUUACAAUAAUUAUCAACAAGAGGGUAGUUUGAAUGGACUAUUUGUGGAGGGAUCGGAAUUACAACAAACGUACUUGACGACUACUUCUGCAAAUCCAUCAUCAUCAAUUUCUAAUUAUAAUAUUGCAGAUUUCUUAUUGGAUAUUGGAAUGGUGUUUGGACCGACUAUUGGAUAUAUAGACCAAAUUCGAAUUAUGAUGAGAGAUAAAUCAUCUAACGGAUUUUCAAGACUGUCCUGUCUCAUUCUUCUUAGCUCCUCUCUGUUGAGAGUGUACUUUUGGUAUUUGAAACAAUUCUCCAUUGUGAUGCUGUUUCAAUCCCUUGUAAUGAUUCUAUGUCAGGCAAUAUUAUUAUUUGUGGCUGUGCAUUUUGGAAAACAAGAGAAAAAAGCCGAGGAAAAAAACGCCAAUCGUGAUACCAGUUUAUUGGUGGAGCCUGAAAAUCCCAAUGACUUUACGUAUCUUAUCAAAAUUGACAGAAACAGAUUUUUGGAAGAGUUUUGGCAAUGGGAUGAGCCAUCAUAUUAUGUUUGGACAGUUCUAUUCUUUAUGCUCUUUGUUGGGAUUGUAUCACUUUUUUUCUACCCUAUUUUCCCAGUUGCAUAUACUGAGCUACUGGGAUUGCUUUCUGUGAUGGUAGAGGCAUCCUUAGCCAUCCCACAAGUGGUCACAAACUUUACAAGAGGUUCCGUUGAAGGACUAUCCCUUAUUCUAGUGGCUACGUUUGUAAUUGGAGACACUUUGAAAACAGCAUAUUUUAUUGCAAAACAUCUUCCUUAUCAAUUUGUGAUUUGUGGAGCAUUUCAGUUAUUUGUAGAUAUGAUCAUGGUCAUUCAAAUUAUUUAUUACAACGUCAUUUCGUCAGGAAAUAGAAUGACGGAAUCAUCAUCGAACGACUCUCAGCAUGAGAUUUCAGAAUCGUCGGCCAUAAUUUCAGAAGCGACAGCAUCAGACCAAGAAGAAGAUGAUGAAGCAGACUUGGAACAAGGUGCCAUUGUUUCAGACAAGGUCGAUGAGCCAAAAGGUAAUUCUGAGAUAAGCAUCUCUCCCGAGUCGGUUGAGCUCAAAUCCAUAGGCAAUUGA